CCAUUGCGUGAGCAUCGGAACUGGCGACAUUGCCCCCCGAGCCCGAAGAGGGUACUUUUCGAAUUCUGGCGCGCAACCUCUCUGCUGCUGACGGCCCUCAUGGCCGAAUCGAAGCAGCCGCAGCAGCAGCACCACCACCACCACUAAAUCGCACCCAUCCACACACGACUUAGACACAAAGGUUCGCCUCCGCUGUAAAUGCGGCUACUACUACUGCUCAUGUGUAUGUGCUCUCCUUCGUGGUGUUGUGCGAGAGUUUGCUGAUCGAUAAGCUGGUUGAUUGAAUCAUUCCGGACUAUCUAAAUGUGGUGAACGCACACGGAAUCAACGGGAGAAGUCCACAGGAGGCUGCUCCCUUGCCGACAUCGUCACAGUCCACUUUGUAUCUCCUAUCGCUUCCUGUCAUCAGUCGCUCUCUCGAGGAGCGAGGAAACUUUUGAUUUCGUUAAGUCAAAGACGAAAUCCGAGGCUGUGGGCAACUCGCCCGUAAUGUCGUCGUGUUAGUCCUUUGUCGAGCAGAGAACCUACUGAACGCCAAACUGGAUUCCCCGGAACAGAUGGAGCAUCCUCUUCCGCUCACCACCAGCGUACGGCCCAAGGUGGAGGGUCAGAGGUUCCCGCAAGUGGGAGCUGCGACCCCAACCAUCAACCAGAACCUCACGGCGAGUCCUUCAUCGACGUCCGCUUCGAACAACAACCCGUCGCCUCCGUGUGCUGGUCAGCUGAGCCUGAGUCAGGCCGGAUGCUCCUCAUCAAGCACUCAUCUGGCGUCUCUUUUCGAAUGUCCCGUAUGCUUCGAUUACGUUCUUCCACCUAUAUUACAAUGUCAAAAUGGUCAUCUCGUGUGUUGUGCCUGCCGAGAGAAACUCUCAUGCUGUCCGACCUGCCGUGCUCCCAUUGGGAAUAUCCGAAACCUAGCCAUGGAGAAGGUGGCUGCCAGUGUUCAUUUCCCGUGCAAAUAUUCCUCCAAUGGCUGUAUGCAACUGCUGAAUCAUUCUGAUAAGAUCAACCAUGAAGAAGGUUGUGAGUUCCGGCCAUACUCUUGUCCCUGUCCGGGAGCUUCCUGCAAGUGGUUAGGCUCGCUAGACAUGGUGAUGACUCACCUCACCCAUUCACACAAAUCGAUCACAACCUUGCAAGGUGAAGACAUCGUUUUCUUGGCGACCGAUAUAAACCUACCGGGCGCGGUAGACUGGGUGAUGAUGCAAUCCUGUUUCGGGCACCAUUUCAUGCUUGUCCUUGAGAAGCAAGAGAAAUAUGAUGGAUAUCAGCAAUUCUUCGCAAUAGUUCAAAUAAUUGGAUCGCGGAAUCAAGCAGCGAACUUCGUGUACAGGCUCGAGCUAAAUGGCAACAAGCGACGCUUGAGUUGGGAAGCUACCCCACGAUCCAUACACGAAGGUGUACAGGCCGCGAUCAUGAGCAGCAAUUGCCUGGUGUUCGACACGGCGGUGGCGAAAUUCUUCGCUGACAACGGCAACCUAGGUAUCAAUGUGACGAUCAGUCUUAAUUGAGGGAACACCAUGUUCGUUGGCGAAGAAUCGCAUGUACAGCUUCCGACUGCUCGCUCCGUCAAUGAUUUGAGAGACGAUCGACGAGAGAACCUCACCGGUAUAGGAGCGACGAGCUAUCAGAUCGCUUUAAGCAUUCCAUUGGAAGCUGCUAAUCUAUUCCAGAGUCAAUUUUGAACCCCGCAAAUGUUCCCACAUCCGUCGGCAGCGACGGGCAGUCUCCAUUUUUGUACAGGCGACUUUCAGCUCCUCCAGGAAAGUUCUCAAAAAAUCCGAAGGAUGAAUUUUCCUCGGUUCUCCGUGGCUCGUCGGCGCACCCUUUGUACGUAUUUCUGAGGCAAGAAACUUCGUGUGCUUUUUUGAGCAGAAGUUCCCCUCGCGUAUAAGCGAGCGUUACGCCGCUCCCGCCAAGCGAGACAUACCGCCGCUCGAUAAGCGCCCGAGGCGAUUCAUGUCUGGUGGAAUCUCUGUGAUGUGCGUGCUAUGAAAAUAUGGAGUGAGCGUCAAGAAAAUGAGACGGGUGAGAAGAUCCCAGUAGUUGUAUAUUGUGUAAGCUAUCCAUCCCAAUACUGUAGAGGCCCAAGAAGAUGUCAAGCGUACGAGAGAGGCGAAUCGAGCCACUAGAUAUGCCUGGCUCGGGUAGAGGCAUAGUACCAAUCGACUCCGUGUACAAAUAAACAAAACUG